AUGCACAUAGCACACAACCUCCUCGCCCGCGCCCACUCCCCCGACACCGCCGCCCAGCAAUUCACCGAGCGCAUCAAACAAAAACCGCUCUUCCUCCGCCCGACUUCCCCAGACGCCCACGACAACCGGUCGCGGCGCCGAUUACACCGGCUCCGCAAGAAAGAAUACUUCCUCCGCCACCAGCGCCCGCGGCCGUUGUCUGCACGCGAAAAGCGCUCCUCGGGCCUCUAUGAUCUCCCCAAGGAGGAAUGCAAGUAUGCUAUCUUCCGCGGGCUGCAUGCGAUGUGGGUGUCAUACAUGCAGGAGAUCCUGGGUCUCAAUAUCGAGGGCCGGAACGUCCAGGUGACGCCCGCCUCGCAUGGCGCGAAACUGGUGAGUGCGGAUUACCAUGGUGCGGAGGUCGAGGUGGUGCGCAGCCGCUGCUCGAGUCGGGUGGGGGUGAAGGGGAUUGUGGUACGCGAUACGAAGUUCACGUUCGAUCUUGUUACGGUGAAAGACGAGGUGAAGACUAUACCGAAGGAGCAUACGAUUUUUCGUUUUACAGUCCCGUUGUCGCGAAUGAAAUUGCCUGAUGAGGCGAGGGAUACAAAGGAGGAAGACGUUUCCGCGGAUGCGCCGAGGCCGCUCGUUUUCGAGCUGCAUGGGAGCCAGUUUGAGAAUCGGCCUGUGGAUCGGGCUAAUAAGAAGUUCAAGUGGAGGAAUGUUGACUAUCUUUGA